CAAAUCGGCCUUGCCGCGUCCCCAAUCCGUUCCUGCUUGCCCUCUCCAUGCUCCGAACGCCGACCCUUGAAAAGGAAGCACGGAAGAGAGCAAUAGAACACAAUGCCACCACCCAGCCUUAGGCUCCUCUUCCCAUCCUCCUCCCCCCUCUCUAAAAGCUCCUUCCUUGGGUACUCUUUAUCCCGUUCCCUCUUCUGCAUUCCCAGGCCGCCCCUAACCCCCCGUUCCCCUCUCACUGCCCUCUGCUACUCCGGUGCGAGGCGUAGAAGGCCCACCGGCGGCGGCGGCGGCGGAAGAAAGACCUCUGGCGGUGGAGGUAGCCGUGGUGGAGGUGUUUUCCAUCAGAGGCGUCGGGCAAGCACGCUAAGGGAAGAAAGAGACCGGGCGAGAGCGCCUGAGAUGGAGGGGAAGGAAGAAACUUUAGGGUUUAACAAAAGAAGGGCGGAAGGGCGGGACAAGAGCGACAAACCGAAGGCUCUUCAACUCAAGACCCGGAAGCUGAAUCCUGUUAACACAAUAUGUUAUGUUCAGAUUUUGGGAACUGGGAUGGACACACAGGAUACAUCGCCAUCAGUUUUGCUGUUCUUUGAUAAGCAGAGAUUCAUCUUUAAUGCUGGUGAGGGAUUACAGAGAUUCUGCACGGAGCACAAGAUAAAGUUAUCAAAGAUAGAUCACAUUUUUCUUACACGUGUCUGCUCAGAAACUGCAGGGGGACUUCCAGGUCUUCUGCUCACUUUAGCAGGGAUUGGAGAAGAAGGAAUGUCGGUCAACAUAUGGGGGCCCUCUGAUCUUAACUAUCUAGUUGAUGCAAUGCGUUCAUUCAUACCAAAUGCUGCGAUGGUUCAUGCACAUAGCUUUGGAGUGACAGUGAAUGGUGAUGGAACUAUGCUCUCAAGUUCUCAGUUUGGCAAGUUUCGAGAUCCAAUUACUAUAAUUGACGAUGAGGUUGUCUGUAUAUCUUCCAUACCCUUAAAUCCAAACUAUUCCAAUGGAUCAAUUCCGAAGCCUGGUGACAUUGCUGUGAUUUAUGCGUGCGAAUUACCUGAAAUAAAGGGAAAAUUUGAUCCUGUUAAAGCUGCAGCUCUUGGGCUGAAACCUGGGCCAAAAUAUCGUGAAUUGCAACUUGGGAACUCAGUCAUGUCAGAUCGCCUCAACAUUACGGUUCAUCCAAGUGAUGUUCUUGGCGCAUCAUCCCCUGGUCCUAUUAUACUUCUGGUGGAUUGCCCCACAAAGUUUCAUAUGGCUGAACUACUGUCAGCAGAAUCGCUUAAUUGUUACUAUAGAGAUUCUGACCAUCAGCCAAAAGAGAAUACUAAAACCGUGAAUUGUGUGAUUCACCUGGGUCCAGCUAUUGUGACAAAAAGUGCAGACUAUCAAAAAUGGAUGAAAAGAUUCAGCACUGCACAACACAUCAUGGCAGGGCAUGAAAUAAGAAAUAUGGAAAUUCCUAUCUUGAAAUCUAGUGCACGAAUUUCAUCACAGCUCAACUAUUUAUGCCCUCAACUCUUUCCAGCUCGUGGAUGUUGGUCUUCUCAGCAGACAAAUGACCUAUCUUUGGAAUCCAAUGAACUAUGUGAGGAUUCUUCUUCAACACUAUGUGAAAUCAUUCAAGCUGAAAAUCUUCUUAAGUUUCAUUUGCGUCCAUACUCUCAACUAGGUUUGGACAGGUCUGCUAUUCCAGACUCCCUCAAUCAUGAGGAGGUUAUUGCAAACCUUCUCUCUGAAAUCCCUGAAAUAGCAGAUGUUUCUAAGAAUGUCAACCAGUUUCAGCAAAGUUCUGCUGAAGUUAAACUAUCUAAGUCUGAAAAGGAUGACAAUUGUAUCAUGGUGGAAGAACCGUGGUUAAGUGCAAGUUCUUCUGUUAAUAAUGUUCAUGCAGAAAAAGAAGGGAGAGAUUCAUCUGAAGAGGAUAUUCCUUGUUUGAAUGAUAGAUGGAAUGAUAAUCUUAAAGAUGAACAUGAUAUUCCUGCUUGCUUGGAGAACAUAUCAAGGGAAGACAUGGAGAUAGUCCUUCUGGGUACUGGUUCAUCACAACCAUCCAAAUACCGUAAUGUCAGUUCUAUAUUUGUUAAUCUUUUCUCCAAGGGAAGUUUACUUCUUGAUUGUGGUGAAGGAACUCUAGGACAGCUGAAAAGAAGAUUUGGCAUAAAAGGGGCUGAUGAUGCUGUCAAAGGUUUGAAGUGCAUAUGGAUUUCCCAUAUCCAUGCAGACCAUCAUACUGGCCUAGCCAGAAUACUAGCUCUCCGGUGUCAGUUGCUGAAGGAUAUACCCCACAAACCUUUACUCGUGAUUGGGCCAAGACCAUUGAAGAGAUUUCUUGAUGCAUAUUCUAAACUUGAGGAUCUUGAUAUGCAGUUCUUGGAUUGUAGGCACACUUUAGAGGCAUCGAUGGAUGAUUUUCAUGGUUCUCUUGAUUCUAGAGGUCAAUUUCCUGAAAAUUCAGAUAGAGAGGGUUCAGAAGCAGAGAAUAUUGCAUCACGUCGUGUUGAAUCUAGUUUAUUCGCUCCACAGAGUAAAAUGCAGAGCUAUUGGAAGAGACCUGGGAGUCCAGUUGAUACUGCUGUUGCUCUGCCAGUUUUAAUGAGAUUGAAGGAACUGCUCUCCGAAGCAGGUCUCGAAUUUUUAUACAGUGUCCCUGUUGUACACUGCCCACAGGCAUUUGGUGUUGUUUUAAAGGCUGCAGAGAGGCCUAAUAGUUUGGGAAAAACUAUUCCAGGGUGGAAGCUUGUCUAUUCGGGUGAUACUAGGCCUUGUCAGGCACUGAUAAAUGCAUCUCGUGAUGCAACACUUCUGAUUCAUGAGGCAACAUUUGAGGACACCAUGGAAGAUGAAGCGAUUGCAAAGAACCAUAGCACAACAAAGGAAGCGGUUGGAGUUGGCAAAUCAGCGGGUGCAUUUCGUGUUGUCUUGACCCAUUUUAGCCAGAGAUAUCCAAAAAUUCCCGUGUUCAAUGAGGCCGACAUGCAGAGAACUUGUAUUGCUUUUGACUUGAUGACUGUCAACCUCGCAGAUCUACCCAUGCUUCCAAAGUUCCUUCCUUACCUCAAAGUACUAUUUAGAAAUGAAAUGGUGGGUGAUGAAUCCGAUGAUGUUCAUGAGUCUUUCAUUUAUUAAAGACUUUUGUAAGUUUAUGCUGGCCUCAUUUAUUUUAUAUAGGCUUAUUUAUGCAAUUUGAUUUGCAUGUUUCCCAUUUUCUAGAGCCACAGCAUUGUCUUCAGUUUCGUAUUCUUGCAAGGGAAACAGCUAAAAUAUUUUUAAUGAUAAAAGCAGCAGAAGUUUGAUCA